UAACUGCGUGACUGCACCAUUGAGGACGCCAAUUCAUAACUUCCUUCCUUCCUUCCUUCCGAGCACCGGAUUCGAGCAAAAGCAUCCGCGCGUGCGCCCACUCCCUCCGCCUGCCCUCUGAUCCUCCUCGCCUCCGCCCUUGGCUCCAAUGGCGCUGUCCUACCUGGAGGCCGUGCUUUGCUUUAUGAUUCUCAUGUUCAUAUUUGAGACGUAUCUUGACAUCCGUCAGCAUAGGGCCCUCAAGCUGCCAACUUUGCCCAAACCCCUGCUGGGAGUAAUCAGUGAUGAAAAGUUUGAACGCUCUAGAGCUUAUAGCCUUGAUAAAAGCUACUUCCAUUUUGUCCAUGAGUUUGUGACUAUUUUAAUGGAUACCACAAUACUGUACUACAGAUCCGUUCCCUGGUUUUGGAAGAAAUCUGGAGAGUUAGUUACCAAUGUUGGGCUGAAUGCUGAGAAUGAGAUAAUACACACCCUUGCAUUCUUAGCUGGUGCCAUGGUUUGGUCAAAGAUUACAGACUUGUCGUUCUCUAUUUAUUCAACUUUUGUUAUAGAGGCUCGACAUGGUUUUAACAAGCAAACUAUAUGGCUCUUCAUCAGGGAUAUGAUCAAAGGAGUUUUACUAUUCAUGAUACUGGGGCCACCAAUCGUGGCUGCUAUCAUCUACAUAGUACAGAUUGGAGGACCCUACCUGGAUAUAUAUCUCUUUGGUUUUAUGUUUGCAUUAGCUCUUCUGAUGAUGACAAUAUACCCCAUUGUGAUAGCUCCUCUGUUCAACAAGUUCACCCCUCUUCCUGAAGGAGUCCUCAGGGAGAAAAUAGAGAAGCUGGCAGCUUCCCUCAAAUUUCCUUUGAAAAAACUUUUCGUGGUAGAUGGGUCUACCAGAUCAAGCCACAGUAAUGCUUACAUGUAUGGAUUUUUUAAGAAUAAACGCAUAGUACUCUAUGACACAUUGAUUCAGCAGUGUACCAAUGAGGAUGAGAUAGUUUCUGUUAUUGCACAUGAACUUGGGCACUGGAAACUCAAUCAUAUUGUCUAUUCCUUUGUAGCUGUCCAGCUGCUUAUGUUUCUUCAAUUUGGAGGAUAUACUCUACUGCUUAUGUUUCUUCAAUUUGGAGGAUAUACUCUAGUAAGGAACUCCAAAGAUCUAUUUCAAAGUUUUGGCUUCGAGGAUCAGCCAAUAAUAACUGGACUGAUCAUUUUCCAGCACACCAGAAUACCCAUCCAACACCUUCUGAGCUUUUGCCUGAACCUUGUCAGCAGAGCAUUUGAAUUUCAGGCUGAUGCCUUUGCCAAGAACCUUGGAUAUGCCCCUCAGCUCCGAGCGGCCCUUGUUAAACUACAUGAGGAGAACUUGUCUGCAAUGAACACCGAUCCUUGGUAUUCGGCAUAUCACUACUCCCACCCACCUCUCGUCGAAAGGCUGCAAGCUCUUGAAGAUUCAGACGCCAAAAAAAAUGACUAACGCCAACUGUCAGAGCUGUUGUUCCUGAUGGGGCGAAGCCUUGAUCCUUGUACGAGGUUUCCAUGAGGGUACGAUUCAUUGGUUGAGUGUUGUAAAAGCUCUGUAAGCAUCCAGCACGAAGAUGCUUACAUGCACGUUGAGAAAUAUUAUAGGUUAUUGAGGACUCUCUCUGUUUUUUAGUUGUCGCUGGAUAAUUCAAUUUUGUAUUAUCCAGCGACAACUAAAAAUAAACAGAGGGAGUAUAAGCGAACCAGCUAUGCAAAACUGAUGCAUCUUCCUGUGUUGAAGUCACUUGCCACUCAAAGCUACACUACAUGCACGUUUCGGGGCUUCGGGCAGACAGUGAGACGCAUCUGAAUGGAACUCUUUCA